UACAGUGACAAGUUGGACGGGGCUCGGUGGGGGUGGCGAGCAGAAGUCAGCGUGAGGACGCCAGGAAGAGCAGUGAAGGAGCGCUACGGCGAGGAGGCCGUUCUGUCACUCGGCGGAGCUGGCUCAGCCCGCCAGGGUGGGCACUAAGCACGGCCGCCCCUCCGGAGGGCGGGGACGGCGCGACACACGCUUGCUAAAGCUCAGGGAAGGCCAGCAGGUACUUUUCCCGAGCACAGAGUUAAACCAAGCUCCGGGCUAGGCCCGCGGGCUCGAGAUAGCCUGGGGUGAGGCGCGCGUGAAUCGGCGCGAAAGCGGAAGGACUCCACGUCCCAGCCGGUGCGCCCCGUCGGCGGCCGCGGAGGCCGGGCCCCCCAGAGGCCGCAGGCGGCCCGCACCUCCCCCGCCAGCGCCGGCGACAGGCCUUCAGCGCGGGGGAGCAAGAUGGCCUCGGCGGGCGCCCAGAAUCUAAGAGGAUGGAGCCAGAUACCUGUAAGACCAGUGAAUCAGAGGAAGACUACGUUGAAGAAGAGGACUCUGGGGAGGAGUGUGUUAAAGAGGAAGCUACCAUCCCUUCUAACUCUUCUCAGCAGCAACUUCCAAAGGCUGACUAUAAGGAGUUUAGGGAUGGAGUUCCCUUAUCUGUUGUAGCCAAGAAAAUUCCAAAGAAAAUCAUAGCCCCAACUGACUCAGAUGACUUAGAAGUUAGAAGGAGAAAGAGAAGGCGGAAACACAGACCCCUGGCCAUCAACCUGACCAACUGCAAGUAUGAGAGCGUGCGUCGGGCAGCUCAAAUGUGUGGCCUAAAGGAGGUGGGGGAGGAUGAAGAGUGGACUGUGUACUGGACGGACUGCUCUGUCUCACUUGAACGAGUCAUGGACAUGAAGAGGUUUCAGAAAAUCAACCACUUCCCUGGCAUGACAGAAAUCUGCCGCAAAGAUCUGCUGGCUCGGAACCUCAACCGCAUGCAGAAACUCUAUCCCACGGAGUACAACAUCUUCCCCCGCACCUGGUGCCUCCCUGCAGACUACGGGGACUUCCAGUCCUACGGUCGUCAGCGAAAAACCCGCACUUACAUCUGCAAGCCGGACAGCGGCUGUCAGGGACGCGGCAUCUUCAUCACCCGAAGUCCCCGGGAGAUCAAGCCAGGAGAGCACAUGAUCUGCCAGCAGUACAUCUCCAAGCCCUUCCUCAUUGAUGGCUUCAAGUUCGAUAUGCGAAUCUAUGUCCUCAUCACAUCCUGCGACCCUCUUCGGAUUUUCAUGUACGAGGAGGGCCUGGCCCGCUUCGCCACGAUGCCCUACGCGGAGCCCAACAACAGCAACCUGGAUGAUGUCUGCAUGCAUCUGACCAACUAUGCCAUCAACAAACACAACGAGAACUUUGUCCGAGAUGACGCUGCGGGCAGUAAAAGGAAGCUGUCGACGCUCAACGCCUGGCUGCGAGAACACGGCUACGACCCCCGAGAGCUGUGGGGGCACAUCGAGGACAUCAUCGUCAAAACCAUCAUCUCAGCCCAUUCUGUUCUUCGCCACAACUACCGCACCUGUUUCCCCCACUAUCUGAGCGGAGGUACCGGUGCCUGUUUUGAGAUCCUUGGUUUUGACAUCUUGCUGGACCACAAGUUGAAACCCUGGCUGCUGGAGGUAAACCACUCCCCGAGCUUCACCACUGACUCCCGCCUUGAUCGCGAAGUGAAGGACGCACUUCUCUGUGAUGCCAUGACCCUUGUCAACCUCCGGGGCUGUGACAAAAGGAAGGUGAUAGAGGAGGACAAGCGGCGAGUCAAGGAGCGCCUUUUCCAGUGCCACCAGCAGCCACGAGAAGCCAGGCGAGAACAAACUGAACUGUCGCACGCAGCGAUACUGGACCAGGAGCGCCAUGAGGACUCCCACCUCGGGGGGUACCGGCGGAUCUAUCCUGGGCCUAACACGGACAAGUACGCGCCCUUCUUCAAGCACAACGGCUCCCUCUUCCAGGAGACUGCUGCUUCCAAGGCUAGAGAGGAGUGUGCCAGACAGCAACGGGAAGAGAUCCGCCUUAAGCAGGAACAGCAGGAGACCUCAGGAAAUAAGAGGCGGAAGGAGAGCCGGGACCAGAACCAGGGUGAAUCCGCGGGAGAGAAGAGCCGAUGCAGGGCCGGGCUCCGGGGACUUCCCGCCCACUUGGCUUACAGGAACCGGAACCAGGAGAAAGAGCUGCUCCCCGUACACGUGGAUACCAUGCAUCCUCAAGAAAUCGUGGAAGAGGAGGAGCUGGAGCGGAUGAAGGCCCUGCUACAAAGGGAGAAUCUCAUCCGAAGCCUCGGUAUCAUAGAGCAACUCAGCCACAUGCUGCACCCCAGCCACCAGGGCCACAGAAGGCUUCACGAGUAUCGGCCUAGAUUUCACCAGGACGGGCUGGGCAGUCAAGAACUGCAAUCUGUGAGUCUGGUCCCACUGGUCCUCCUGAGAGGGGCCACCAAAGAGCAGGGCCCUCCUCACUUCCUGCAUCCAGUUCGGCCCCACGAAUUGAUCCCCAGGAUCCCAGGGCCACGGCCAAGCAUGAAUGCUGCAAUUCCACAUCAUUCCUGGUGCCAUCUACAGCCCAAGAACUUCAACUGGAUAGGAGAUCGAGCAGCCAUCGGCCCCUCUUCGUUGUCAAUGAAAGCAUCGGGAAGGCACUGUUUUCCCAGUGCCAGAGUCAGGCUCAGUAGCCAAGGCCAAGCCAGCAGAAGGCUAGAAGCCAUAAACACAGCCCUGGCAGGAUCAGUGCCAUCUUCUUUAACCCCAAAGCAGGGCUAUCUUCUGCAACCGGAAAGAGUGGCAAGUAGCUCAUGGACUCACUGCACCUUGCCCUCGGUGGUAGACACCGAACACAGUGCACCCAAGGCCCAGGAUCUCGCUCUCUGCCCUGCCUCUACGCCCCUGAUGCAGCAUACCACUCCACUCCUUGACAUCAGCCACCACCGGUAAAUGCAGGACGGAAGCCCAGCACUCCACCUCUCCUGGAGAACCCCCUCAAGUUUCCGAAGGCGCAGAGGGCCUUCAAUCUUCGCUAAAUGAAAGACUGCCACCAGGCUUCAGUUUGAAAAGUCCUGGCCAGGAACCCUGCUUGAACAAGGCAAAACACAAAGAUAUCAAGAAUUCCUCAAUACCCUAAGACUAUUUCCAGAUCCGUAAAGACUAAAAAGAUGAAGAGGAGCCAGGGCCGGCAUCUCCGCCCUUCAAACCUUAGGCUGGAUUUAUCGCUAGGAGAUGGGUCUGAACGCUGGGUGCAGCCCGGGGCUGGAGGUCAUCCUGGCGACAAGGGGCCCCCUUCCCAGAGGAGCCGAGUGCCCAAGGCACGGGGCAGUCGCCAUCGGACGACCGCCAAGGAGACGCCCUUCCCCCUGCCGUGGCGGAGACAGGCCGGCCUGGGCAGCCAUUGGGGCGGAGGGGUGGCUCUUGGCAAAUGACUCCGACUUUUUAUUAAAGUUUAUGGCGUUUUC